GGCCUGGCUGGACUUCUACUCGGCCCAGCUGGAUCUGUUCUCCAUGAUGUGCCUUAACCGCCAGUACAUAGCUAUCAACGGACUCAAAGACUCUCUGAGCAUUGAGUGCAUACUCACAUGUAUGGCUGACCAGGAACUACCUCAUGCGUUGCGUGCAAGCUUCUGUAAGCUUAUGUUACACUUGCACGUGGAUUGCGACCCACAGGAGAUUGUCUCGCCUGUGGCAUAUGCCAG